AUGUCAAAUUCAUAUUCACAAGUACCAAAUCACAGAGACAUCACCAUGUCUAGUUCCAAAAGAGCUUACAGUCGAGGUGGUUGUAAAGAAUGCAAAAGAAGAAAGAUUCGUUGUCCUGAAGAUAAACCAUCUUGUGCAACUUGUGUUCGACUAGGGAAAGUUUGUUCGUAUCCUUUGCCAGGAGAACGAGUGCCCCGUGUAUCCAUAAAAGCAUUAGCCAAUAAGGAACUGUUACCCCAUGAAUUACCAGAACUCAAAGCAAAAAAACCUUUUUCCAAACCACUAACUAUUCAAAUGUAUCUGGUUGAUGAUUUUGGGGUUAAAAAGAAAAAGCGGAGACUAAGAUUAGAUGACGAUUAUCUCACCAACAACUUUAAUACUGGAACCAAUUCGACUAUUUCAAGUAAUACUACUACCACUAAUAAUGGGCAUGUGUCAGAUUCUAAAUCAAUAAGCAACAAUAGUAAUAAUGGAUCAAAUCCUACUAGUAAUUUAAUGCAACAAAUGAAUUCGCAAAUAAUCCUGUCCAAUCAGCCUGCACUUGGUAUUACACAGACCCUGGAGAGUAUGCUAAGUACUACAUCUAGUUCCUCAUUGUUUGAGGAUUUAUAUAAUGAUGAUGAUUUGAAUCUACUUGCAUCUGAUUUGAACAAUAUCGUUAAUGACAUUAUGUUUACUUCGAAUAUGCCAAAUAACAAUGAUAGUUUGAUCGAUGACAACUUCUUCAGUCCAUUCAAUUAUCCACCACAACUAUCCAAUCUCAAUGACAUUCCAAAACACAUACCUUUGGAUUAUAUCAAAUUGAAAACUGACGAUGAAAAAAGGUACCUAGCGGAGUUUUAUCAUGAGUUCGCCUCACAGAUUUUACCAUUUGGUGCGUUCGAUAAAAUUUCGGGUACUUAUUACAACCCAGUGAGAGAUGUGAUUUUAAUAUAUGCUGCCAAGGAGCCAUUUCUAUUAUCAGCAAUCUUGUCUCAAGGGGCUAAAUUGUCUUUCCAAAAAACAUCCAAGCAGUCUGAUCAUGACAAUUAUGGGUCAUACUUAUCCACGUGCUUGAGGUUGUUGGGUCCAGCUUUGAGUAAAAAUCGUGAUAAACUGGUAAAAGAUGAUUUAACGUCAAAUAUAGAAAGUAUUCUUAUAACAGUGCUACUAUUAACCUCGUCGAAUGCCAUGACUGAAAAAUUAAGUUGGAGACCACAUUUGAAGGGUGCAAAAGAUAUUAUUAUAAAGGCAACAAAUAGUAAAAUUCGACUGUCCAAAACAUUGAUUUUAUGCAAAAUAUGGUUUGCUGAUUUUGAAAUUUUGGCAGGUACUAGUAGUCAUUUGGGUGGCACUAUAAAAACCGAUUGCGAUUUGGACUCGGUGAUUAAUUUUGAAGAUGAAUUUGUUAAAUCUGUAUUGGAACAAUUUGGAUUACUUCAAGGUGGGAGUUUUAAUAUCAUGAGUGGGUACAACAUACAAAUGGUUUACUUAUUCCGUGAUUUAUCCAAACUUUUAAACCGUAAACGAGAAAUGGGCGAAGAAUUUGUUCCAAAUCAAUCCCUAGAGUAUAUUCGUUUAAUUUCAGGGUUUUAUGAACAUUAUGGGAAAGUCUAUAUCGAUAGAAAAUGUUUAUUACCAGGACCGAUUGCCACCCCACUAACCGAGUUGUAUAACCUUGUGGAUUCUGUACCAACUAUAAAUGGCAACACUCUUUAUAUCAGCUGGAUGGAUAUUUCCCAACAGGCAUAUGCUUUAGCUGGGUUAAUAACGGUCUUCACCUCAAUAUUAUUGGAUCCUCCUGAUUUGCCACAUAUUCAAGAUUUAAAUUCGAAACUAGUUGAGUUAAUAAAAUUUGUGGAACAAAGUGUGAAUUAUUUUACAAUGAGAUUUCCGAAUGGAUUUCUGAUGAUUCAAUGGCCCAUUACAGUUGCAGGAAUAAACUGCACUAGUAAAGCUCAACAACCAGUGAUUGAAAAAUUUUUCAAAAUUUGUAUUGAGUUAGGAUCUGUUAGUGCAGAAAUAACUUUGAAACGAAUCAAGAAAAUAUGGGAAUUACGUGAAAAGGGUGAAGAAUAUUAUGAUAUUCAUGCUAAGACCGAAAAUGGAGAAAUUGAUGGAAGUCACCUCGAUAAUGUUGCCUAUUAA